CGAAUCUGCAAAUGAUUUUGCCGAAAUAUCGUGGAAAAAAUAUCAUUCUCGCGAAUAAAUAUGGCUCAGUAAUCUAUGCAUUCCGGUAACAUGAUACGACGCAGCCCGACGAGAAUCGAUUUACGCCUAGACGAUCUGCGGGACUACGAGGGCAUGCGAACGCGUCUUCAACUCCAGAAGGAAUGCGAGGAAAGACAGCAGGCUUUGUAUCCCCCUGUGUGGGGUACUAAAGUGCCACAAAGUGAAAUCCAAGAGCGGAUCGGGUAUAUGCCGCAACAGAAUCAAGCGACACAUACCCGACCUAACAUAUAAUUUUACGCGUAAUUCUUAAGGAUCUUUAAAUCGCAACUUAAAAAGAAAUUAUAAGAAAGUCUAAAUAUUCGUCAUCAAUACAACGACGUCAUGUUUAAUUAAAGUAUUUAAAAAGAAUUGUCAAACGUCUUACUAUUUUUCAUCGUCUGUUAUUCGUAACCAAAUCUCCCAUUAAGGAAAAAGUACGCAGCGAUUACUGGUCUCCAGUCUUCGCCACUACGCUGCCGCCGUCGUUACUCCCAUUAAGGAAUGAAAAUCGAUCGACAGGAUCGAUCAUUAACGUUGUGUCGUUAUUAUGAUAUGAACAUUAUGAAUAAAAUAAACUUGUUCAAAUUUAAUUUCCAUGAUAUUUAUUGUAACAUUACUAAAAAAUACAUGGCAGCAUUUUUCUUGUAACACUUUCGGGAGGUAGUAACAAUAGGAUAUUGACGGUCAUUUGAGAUUUAAGAGUGCAAAUUUCACCCAGGGGCAUUGCGACUAUUAUAUUAAGUACUUAUUGUCUCUAUGUUUAUAUUUUUCUAAAAACAAAUUUACAUUUUUCUAUUAAAAAAGUAAAAAAACAAUUGUAAACUAUUUGUAUAAGUACAGUUUCGAAACUUAUGUAUGAGAAAUUCAGUCCCUGGGUUAGCGAUGUAAUCUAACGCAGCCAGAUCAUGGUACAAUAUUAACAAAUAUAGCUAAUUAAAUUAAAGUAAGAUAAUUGAUCGUAUUAGACAAGUUUAGUUAUUGCCAUCAUAUUUACUUGUUAAUGGCUGUAUCGUUAUUUCUAUUGUAAGAGACGGAUGCCGUUUUUGGGAAUAGAAUAAUGAGUAUUAAAAUGCCAUGACAUACAUGUUUAUACUGACACUUAUGAUUAAAAUAUGUUGCUGUACAUAAUAAAAAUUAAAAAUGCAGCCGCAA